AGCAGCAGCAGCAGCGGCAGCAGCAGCAGCAGGAGCAGCGGUGUAGGGACGGAGUUUUGUCAAGCGCGGGGUGUCUUGGCAGUCAUUGGAUCGACGACUGUGGGAGCAUCUUCGCUGCAAGCCGCUGCAAUUGCAGCAGAAGCUCUCAGGACUGGCUUUGCAUGCUGUCUAGUCCACCUAAGUGCGCAUGGAGACGUUCCCUUUCUGCUGCAGCAGUAUUUCGAACAGCAGCAAUUGCAACAGCAGCAACAAUUGCAGCACCAAAAUCAGGAGCAGUCGCAGCUGGAGGAAGAGCAGCUGGAGAGGCUCGUGCUGCUGAGCGGCAGUGGAUGCCUCAUCGGUAAAGCAGAAGACGAAGUAAGAGCUGCGUUAAGCGUCAUCAAAGAGGCGGGUCCAGCGCUUCCGCUUGUGGUUGUUGCUCUCGGAGAUGCCUUUGCUCCCGUUGCAAAGGCGCUCACGCGGAGUCAUCUCGAGGCAUCUGCAGCAGCCUCAGCAAACGCAGCAGGAGCGAGCAUUGGGGCCUGA